AUGCGAACACCAUGGUGCGCCGUCCUGGCACUGCUUGCCGGCGUCCAGGCCAUUGAUAUAGACGUUGACAAUCCCGAAUCGGUGAAAAGAGCCAGCUAUGCGGUCGCUAAUAACAUGCUUUCUCACUAUACUGGCAUGAAUCCAGGCGAUACACCCGGCGUCUUACCUCCUCCUUAUUAUUGGUGGGAGGCUGGUGCCAUGUUCAAUGCUCUGAUUGAUUACUGGUUUUACACGGGCGACGACAGGUGGAACGACAUAAUCAUGCAGGCCAUGACCUGGCAAGCCGGCGACGAUGGUACGUUUAUGCCUCCCAAUCAGACACACGCCGAGGGCAAUGACGACCAAGCCUUCUGGGCCUUUGCUGCCAUGUCGGCCGCGGAGCGAAACUUUCCCAAUCCACCGGAUGGGCAGCCAGGGUGGUUGGCCAUGGCCCAGGCAGUGUUCAACACCCAGGCUCCGCGAUGGAACACUGAGACCUGCGGCGGGGGUUUAAGGUGGCAAAUAUUCAGCUUCAAUAACGGAUAUCAUUACAAGAACACCAUUGCCAACGGCUGCUUUUUCAAUUUGGCCGCGCGCUUGGCAAGGUACACGGGGAAUCAAACAUACGCCGACUGGGCCGUUCGAGUAUGGGACUGGACGGAGUCGGUGGGCUUCAUAACCGAAGAUUAUCUGUUCUUGGAUGGAGCGGACGAACUGAAAAACUGUUCCGAGUUCAACUACCUUCAGUGGACGUACAACUCCGGGGUGUAUCUAUUCGGUGCUGCGAGCAUGUAUAACCUGACUGAUGGCGAUCCUGUCUGGAAAGAACGAACACAACGCAUCCUUGACGCCACGAAGGUUUACUUCCAGAACGACGUGUUGUACGAGCGAGCUUGUGAGCCGAUAAAUACAUGUGGGGUUGAUCAACGGUCGUUCAAGGGGUACCUGGCGAGGUGGAUGGCAGCAUCCGCUCAAGUCGCUCCGUUUAUCUUGGACCAAGUGAUGCCCAAGCUACGCACUUCAGCUAGUGCGGCCGCUCGAACGUGCACCGGGGGGUCCGAUCACUCCACGUGCGGUAUGAAAUGGACUUCAGGGCAGUGGGAUCAGAGUGACGACGUGGGCGUCCAGAUGUCCGUAUUGGAGGUGAUGCAAGCAACCCUCGUAGGGGGCGUGGCUCCCCCUGUAACAGAGGACAACGGGGGUACCAGUAAGGGGGAUCCUAGUGCCGGAACCGAAUCAGGAGGCCCGCGACCCCAUAGCCGGCGAACGGAUACCAGCACGGCCAAUCGGGCUGGGGCGGGUAUUCUGACGAUACUGAUGGCGAUGCUGAUCUUCUAUACGGUUUGGUGGGGAAUAAAUGAGUAG